UGCGAUUCUUUAAAAAUAAAGAGAAAGAAACCAAAAGAAAAAUACCGACGUAGAGAGAGAGAUGCACUCUUAUAUUAUAAAAGAGCAAAAUUUGCAAAAAAUUAAUUUGGAUGCGUAUACGUGUGGUUGGGUGAGAUAAUUAUUACAACCAACUGUUUGUCAUGCAUGCUCUUCGACAGCAUGCGAUCAACAGCAAUCAGCGAUCUUUUUAUUACGCUCUGAGGAUAUUUGUGGUAAUUUUUUUUUGUUUUUUUCGGCGGCGGUCUACUAGCUGUACUAUGAAGCAUCUUUCAAUUAGUUUUUAGCAAGAACUGAAACAAUUCAAGAUUAAUAGAAAAUGCGAGCGUGAGUGAUACCGAGAAAAAAUCGAAAAAAAAGAAUAUUUUCUUUUUGUAAAAUAAAAAAAAUUAACAUUUUUGAAAAAUGUUUAGAAAAAGUCACGUUUAACAGACCGUUGAAAAUAAUCAGGCACACAUGAAUGCCAUAACGCGUCGCACACACUCUAUAGAUGAAAAAGUUACAAACGAAAAAUGAAUAAAGUAUACAUCUUUCAUUACGAAAAGCAAUUAAUAAAUAGAUCAAUAUGCACCACGGAGACGGAUCCACUUCGACAAUUGGCCGUGAAGAGGCACGACGUCCUUUAAUGAAAGCGUACAUGUUUCAACGACGCGUUCUUUUCUCUUGCUCAUGUUUAAUGGUUUUGUCGCUGCUUAUGUGGAUUGUAGCGAUAGCAACUGACCAUUGGAUUAUUAUAACCGGGACUGGUGGCAUUUUUAUACCUGAAACGCGUCGCUUUUUCAUGUCUUCACACUCGGGUCUGUGGCGUUUUUGCCGUUUCACAGUCACUCCAAACGCUUUACCUUCUGCCAACGUUGUGCGUAACUUCACCUCAAUUGCCUAUCAGAAUCCUAGUACAUUGCAUGAAGCCAAAAUGAACUGUUCAAAGUUGGAUUUUAUAGAAGAAUUCAGUUCACUGAUCGUAGAUAAACCUUUAGUUAAUUUUACCGAAACAGCCCGAAAACGUAUGUUUGCUCAUUGGGUGCGGAACGAAGAAACGGAAUUUCAGGCAUUCAAAAAUGCUUUUCAAUCUAUUGUUCUCUCUACAACCGAAGCGCGUAAUGAUUUGGAUCCCAUAGAAGCUAAGCCAAUACCCAUAGAUCCAUUAGACAUACGGAGUAUACAAGGCCUUCGGGUCUUUGGGACAGCUUUACAAAAAGUUUUAGUGAAUUCCACUCAUUACUACUUUGUCAUACCGGAAACUGCUCAGGCUGCAAUAUUUGAAGGUUGGAAUGAGAAACGCUUUGUUCCGAAACUAUUUUGGCCCUUUGCGCGUGACCUAGGAUUACCGGCAUUUGUACUAAACGAUGAUCGUGUUAUAUUACAACUGGUACCACCCAAGCCUCCCAAAAAAGGCAGACAAGCGAAUGGCUAUGAUUAUAUUCCCAACAGACGCUGCAAAUACAUUGAUAUGUUUCCGAAUGCGAACGAAUUGCGUACAGAUCCCGGAUUCGAUUAUACUUUAAUGGACUACAUCAGAUCGCAGGCUUCUUUCGCCUGCAUCACUGUUUUCGUUAUGUGUUUGGGUUCGGUGUUUUCCUUCUACACUUUUAAAAAUCCCCGUUACAUGUUUAAACGUUUGGCGGGCGGCAUAAAUUUGGUAGCUGCUUCGACGGCUCUGGUGGUUAUACAGGUUAUGUUUGCCUCCGUGGAUUAUACCAAAGAGCAUUUAUUCUAUGCUUAUCCCGACGGCGCAGAAUUAACUUACGGUUACGGUGUUUACUUGGCUUGGUUUACAUUUGCGGUCAACAUCGCUUGUGGUGUUUUGUUUCUGUGGUAUUCAGGCAAAAAGAAGGGCAGCAAAGCGCCAACCGACGAAAUAGCAAUGGCUGACGAGGCUGUCAACAUAGGCAGAUGAAUUUGUGUUUACUUUUAUGUACUUACUAGACGUUUUCGUUUUUAGUCCCCGCAAAGAGCACUUCGGAUUUCCUUAAUACCUCUUAAAAGCAUUUGUUUGACUUUUUUCCCCUUCUUUUGUAAAAAACUAAAUUUCUUCAGUACGUUAAAAAAAAUUUUUAUUUACUUUAAAUAUAACAUUUUUAAUGUACUAAAACCAAUACAUCUAAGCCCAUGUUCAUGCAGCACUACUCUCACAACAUUCUAGCUAAUAAUUGUUGUGCUUAUAUCAAAAGUAUAUUUAAUUUUAAGAACAGUUUCAGCUAAUUUAACACAAAAUAUCUUGGGUUCAUGGGAAUACGGUUAAAAAUCUAAACGUUGAAAAUUAUAUUAUUCGGCGGUAUCUUUAAAAAAAAAAUCAA